CUCCUCAUUAUCCCAGCCAACCGUUUCUUUCUAGUUCAUCCUUCUCUGAAGCAGCCAAAACCUUUGCACUCGCAUAAUGUAUAGAUUCCCCAAGUGUAGCCGUGCUGAACGUAAGCUAAAUAACGGAGCCGCUUGACAAUAUUCGUCGCAAGCCCUGCUCUCAAGGAUGCUUUGCACUCUCCAGUCCCAGAGCUGACUUGAGACGUGGGUCAACGAAGUGCCGCGUAGAAAUGUGAGAGCAGUGGACUUUGACGUCUUGCUCAGAACCCUAGGAAUGGGCAUAUUGCACGGACCCUUCACCUUUCACACAAGCAGGAGGUGAAUGCAAACAGCACCAUCUCGACAGCUUCAGCCCGACGGUGUCUUUGUUCUGGGAGGCAGUGAUUCCUGAAAAGAAAGGUGACAAUCUAUCAAUCAUGUCUCCGGUUCACUGGGAAACCCAAGGCAUGUUCGGUCCCCUGGCUGUCGUCUACAACUCCGUUCUCGACCAAGCCGCGCCAUUGAUACCCCACUGGACCAAGCGCUGCUGUAACGUUCCCGACCUUGUUGACUGCGGUGUCAUCAUUCCCGAUUUCAUGGGUUAUACGCAGAGGUACGCUGUGUUUCGGAGAGGAUUUGAACCAGUGGAUGAGGUUGUUGAGAAGGUCAAUGAAUGGAAAGCCGCUCUCCAGGAUACCACAUCAGCCGAGUCAGAGAACGUGCCUGCGUUGCACACCACCCCACGAGCCAGAUCUGAGGAAUGCACCUAUCCAGCCUGUGUCCUACCAGUCUAUCUACCAUCGCCAGUCCGCAUACACCUACCAGUCUGCCUACACCCAUUGAAAGCCAGCUCGCCUUACACAUGGAAGAGUAUCUCAUAGCUGCUGGACAGUCAUUACAUCUAGGUGAAGAGCCACCACCCCACCAUCGCCAGGCGCCAUCUGCAGUUGCAGGACCAUCAUCAUCUCCACCCCGCUCUAGACAGAGCGAGGGCAUCUUACUCUUGGUGAGCCUUCUGCAGCUAGUACAAGCGGCAGGCCAUCUUGUAUGGAGAAUGUGGAGGCGCUGGCUGAAAGACUGGUCCUUAGGAAGCACCCACCUCAGCAACAUGGCGAGUCCAAGGCUCGCUAGCUCAUGACAGUGUCUUCUAUCAGGUUGACAGAGGUGGCAGACCAUCACAUGGAAAGGAGGUUGAGGAGUCCGCCGAGAGAAGGGACUCGCAGAAAGCACCCUGUCCCGCAGCCAGCCAAAUCAUCAAGACAGAACAAGUCUCAGAGACG